CUGGCGGCAGCGGCAGCGGGGCUGCCAUGGCUCGGCCUCCGGGUCCAGAGCACCGACUCCCAACUCUCCCCUCCUGGCCUGCCCCCCAUGCCUGGCAGACCUUUGCCUUUGCCGGGGCUCCCGCCUGACCAGCCUCCCCUCCCCGUCUGGUUGGGAUUUGGGGGCUGAGCCGUCUGGGGUCCCAGGGCCAAUGCAGUGCCGGCUCCUCCGGGGCCUGGCUGGAGUCCUCCUCACUCUUCUGUGCAUGGGGCUCCUCUCCCUACGGUACUACUCAAGCCCAUCCCCGCAGGGCGUGCCGGAGACCCCCGGGCUGAGCCCGCCAAGCCCUCGGCCCCCGGAGCUGCAGCUGCACGAUGUCUUCAUCGCAGUCAAGACAACCCGGGCCUUCCAUCGCUCCCGCCUGGAGCUGCUGCUCGACACGUGGGUCUCCAGGACCAGGGAACAGACGUUCAUCUUCACCGACAGCCUGGAUGAAGGCCUCCAGGAGAGACUGGGGUCCCACCUCGUGGUCACCAACUGCUCUGCAGAGCACAGCCACCCUGCCCUGUCCUGCAAGAUGGCUGCUGAGUUUGAUGCCUUCUUGGCCAGCGGACUGAGGUGGUUCUGUCAUGUGGAUGACGACAACUAUCUGAACCCGAGGGCGCUGCUGAAGCUGCUAAAAAGCUUCCCGUGGACCCGCGACGUCUACAUCGGCCGGCCCAGCCUGAACCGGCCUAUCCACGCUUCUGAGCCGCAGCCGAACAACCGCACGAGGCUGGUACAGUUCUGGUUUGCCACCGGGGGCGCCGGCUUCUGCAUCAACCGCAAACUGGCUUUGAAGAUGGCCCCAUGGGCCAGAAUCGGGGCUGCUGUUGAGGGCAGGAAGCAUUUCUUUCUCAUCUCUUUGUCCUCAGCCUCUGUGUCAUGGUGGCUGGCAGCAGUGGCCCCCGCUUCGUGGACACAUCUGCCCUCAUCCGGCUGCCUGACGACUGCACUGUGGGCUACAUCGUCGAGUGCAAGCUGGGCGGCCACCUGCAGCCCAGCCCUCUCUUCCACUCCCACCUGGAGACCCUGCAGCUGCUGGGGGCUGCCCAGCUCCCAAGGCAGGUCACCCUCAGCUAUGGCGUCUUUGAGGGGAAACUCAACGUCAUUAAGCUCCAUGGCCCCUUCUCCCCUGAGGAGGACUCCUCCAGGUUUCGCUCCCUGCAUUGUCUACUCUACCCGGAUACUCCCUGGUGCCCACAGCUGAACCCUGCCCGAUGAACCCUGAACCUCCGGGCAAAGGUUGAGCUGAAGCCUUUGGUUGCCCUUAGCCUCCCAGGCGGCCUUGAGGGCCCGUGGCAGUUCCUGUGUGGGCAGCAGUCCCUGGCAGGGCCUCUGUGGUGGGCAGGCCCAGGAUUGGAUGGUGGCUGGCGGUAAAGGCAUCCCAAGCCCCUGGGAGGUGGGCUGGACAGCCCAGGACCAGGUGCACCGUGUGAGGGCCAGAGAGGCCUCAGGGGCUGGACUUCAUGUGCCUUGGGUGGCUGAACUGAACAAGGGUAGGGGCCCUUGAGCUGCUUGGGCUCAGGAGUCCUCACUCUCCAGAGAAUUACCUGGGUCCCUUGGUGUGGUCAGAGCCCCCACCUCUGGUCCCUCAGUUACUCUCCCGGGGUCAAGCGCUGGGCCACCCACUCCUGGCUUCCUCGGCUGGAUCCCCAGCCACCGCGGGGAUGCAGGUGCAAGAAGGGCAGAAUCCAGGGUCUGUGGCAGAUACUGUUAGCGCUGACCAGUCUCCGGUCCCUGCUCCCCCCCCCGAUUUUGUUUGGAGCAUCCGCAUGUCCAGACCCAGAUGAUGAAUCAGAACGGGUCCUAGCCAAUCACGAUGAUCCUUUUGCUCACUUUCCCAGCUUCCCUUUCUGUUAGGAGCUACUAUAUGACCCAGCUCUGGCCAGAGCCAGAGCUCUGUCUGUUAGUGCAAAUAAAGCAAAGCCAAUAGAGAGGCUUCUGGGGAAGGUUUUGCAGCCCCAGACCCCAUCUUCCUGCUGUGAAUGUGGGUGUGAUGUCUGGGUCUAGGGCAGCCACCUUGCUACCAUGAAGGAAAGGCCAAGACAAUCAUCCACAGCUGUCCCUUCCAACAUCUGGUUGUGUAAGAAUAUUAAACCCUUAUUUGUUUAAGCCUC